AUGGCGCGCUUCAGCGGCCACAUCUACGACUUUGUCGCGUGGGAGGCAACGCUGAUGGCGAUGCUCGCCAAGCGCCAGCGCGACGUCGAGGUCGUAUUUGCCCAGAAAGGCCUGGCUGCGCCUGCUGUCUCGUACAUUGAGCUGCUCACGACGCCCGAGCCGCCGCCGUCCCGCGUGCAAUCCGUUCUGAUCACAGACCUGCGCAAGACAUUGUUCGCGAGCUUGCCGUCGGCGUUUGUGGCCGAGUGCCUCUCGAAGGACAUGCCCAUGCACAAGCUGUGGGCGGCGGUCGUUGACGAGUACCAUCCGUCGUCGCACGCGCCCAUGGAGCGCGUCCUCGCCGACUUGUUUGAUGACGUGUUUGACGCAAACUUUGACUGCAUCCACGAGCUCCUCCAGCGCAUGCACAGCAUCGUCAGGAGCGUCAACGACUACACGCGGCGCACGCGCGGCCGCGCGCUCCUCACGGACGAACUCGUGCUCGAGCGAUUGCUGCUUGCGCUGCCAAAGGCCUGCGCCGACCUUGUGCCACCCGGUGCCGUCAAUCUCGACGCGUUCGGACAGCGACUCGUUGAGAAAUACGGAGAUAUGCCCCGCAGCGACAUUUUGGUGUCGUACGAAGGCGACCCGCCAUUGGCCCAGCAAGGCAUCCCGACCCGAGACCGCCUCUUUGCUGCUAAGACGCCACCAUCAACGAAAUCCUUGCUGCCGAUCAAGCGCAAGUGCGCAUCGCUCGACUCGGACGUCGCGCCCAAAAAAGCGUGCUGUCUCUAG